AUGAUGGAAAAUCUUACUGUCACCACAACGCUUACCCUCUCUGGUUUGAAUUUUCCAUUUGUACACAGAAUAAUCAUUUUUGUGCUGAUAUUGCUCUGCUACCUCCUAAUCCUGCUCAACAAUUUUACCAUUAUCUUUGUGGUCAUUAAUGACAAAAAGCUCCAUAAACCCAUGUAUAUUUUCCUGUGUAAUUUAUGUGUUAACGCCCUCUAUGGCUCCGUGGGCUUCUUCCCCAAAUUCUUGGUGGAUCUUGUGUCGUCUCACGUUAUAUCUUAUGCCGGAUGCAUGCUGCAGGGUUAUGUCAUACACUCAUCAAAUUGCUGUGAUUUUUCCAUCUUGCUGCUGAUGGCUUACGACAGGUAUGUGGCUUUGUGUCGACCUCUGGUUUAUCAAUCUUUAAUGACAAAGCAGAGAAUAUCCGUCCUUGUGUUUUUCUCUUGGUUGGUGCCUCUCUUCUGCAUGUUUAUGAACAGCGCGUCACUCUUAGGGAAAAAGCUAUGCGGCUUUCACAUCAACAAACUGUACUGUGUUAACCUGAUGGUUGCCAAUCUGUUAUGCUCUCCACCCAAGGUCAACAACAUCAUUGCAAUGUUCAACAUCGGCCUGUACUUUGUGCACUUUUUGCUUGUUUGUUAUUCCUAUGUGUAUCUGAUCAAAAUGUGCCUUGCGUCCGCGCAGAUGUGGAAGAAGUUCAGGCAAACUUGCACACCGCAUUUCAUUUGCCUGCUUGUUUAUGCCACUACUUUGCUGUUGGACUUGUUAUACAUGAGAUUUGGUUCGGCCGACUUGUCGAUUCACUUAAAAAACUUCAUGACUAUCGAGUUUCUAAUCAUUCCUCCGAUUUUGAAUCCACUCAUCUACGGGGUACAGCUGACACACAUACGGAACAGCAUAUUGAGUUAUUUUCUUAGCAAAAAGAAGGUACAAAGCUUUUAG